CAGCACAUAAAUGGCAAAAGCCAGGAGCGCGAGUGUCUUUCUCCCCAGCAUGCAGACCACCGGGAACAAGAGAUCCCCCUGCCCAAGUUUCAGGCUCCGGGAAGUGGCCUCCAUGUACUUCACCAUGAUUAUGGUUUUCCUGGUCAUCCUGGUGGUGGCCCUGCAAGGCACAGCUCCCCGGGAGAAUUAUUUCCCUUACAAGGUGCCCCUGGAUCCCCAGAGUUUCCUGGAGCUCUCGUGGAACGUCAGCUACCCGGAGCAGGUGGUGCAUUUCCAGCUCUUGGUCAAGGAGCCGAAAUUUGGGCUGCUCUUCGGGAUGUCGGACAGGGGCGAGUUUGAGAACGCGGACCUGGCCGUGCUCUGGAGCGACGGGCACCGCUCCUAUUUUGGGGAUGCGUGGAGUGAUGAGAAAGGGCAGCUUCACAUGGAUUCCCAGCAGGACUACCAGCUUCUCAAAGCGCACAGAACCCCCGAGGGACUCUACCUGGUCUUCAAAAGAGCCUUCAGCACCUGUGAUCCAAAGGACUAUCUUAUAGAGGAUGGUACCGUGCAUCUUAUCUACGGGAUCCUUGAGCAACCCGUCCAUUCUCUCCAAGCCAUCAACAUCUCUGCCCUCCACAAGGGGCUGCAGAGGGUGCAGCUGCUGAAACCCAACAUUAGUAUCCCGGAACUGCCCAGGGACAUGAAGACCAUGGAGAUCAGAGCCCCUGACGUGAUCAUUCCCAGCCAGGAGACCACAUACUGGUGCUAUAUGGUGGAGCUUCCGGACAGCUUCCCGAGACAUCACAUUGUCAUGUAUGAGCCAGUGAUCACGGCAGGCAAUGAAGCUAUAGUCCAUCACAUGGAAGUCUUCCAGUGUGCUGCAGAAUUUGACAGCUUUCCACAUUACAAUGGGCCCUGUGACUCCAAGAUGAAGCCGGACCGACUGAACUAUUGCAGACACGUGCUUGCAGCGUGGGCCAUGGGCGCUCAGGCCUUCUACUACCCAGAAGAGGCAGGACUUGCCUUUGGCGGUCCGGGCUCCUCCAAAUAUUUACGGCUCGAGAUUCACUACCACAACCCUCUGGUGUUCAAAGGUCGCCAGGACUCCUCGGGGAUUCGCCUCUAUUACACAGCCACGCUGAGACGUUACGAUGCUGGCAUUAUGGAGCUGGGCCUGGUCUACACGCCGGUGAUGGCUAUCCCACCUGGGGAAGCCGGUUUCCUCCUGAACGGGUACUGCACAGAUAAAUGCACCCAAGUGGCUCUGCCCCCGGCUGGGAUCCACAUCUUUGCCUCCCAGCUCCACACGCACCUGACAGGAAGAAAGGUGGUGACGAUUUUGUCCCGAGAAGGGAGAGAAAGGGAAGUGGUGAAUGCGGACAAUCACUACAGCCCUCACUUCCAGGAGAUCCGCAUGUUAAAGAAAGUGGUUUCUGUCUUCCCGGGCGAUGUCCUCAUAACAACCUGCAUGUACAACACAGAGGACAGGAACCAAGCAACUGUGGGCGGGUUUAGCAUCACGGACGAGAUGUGUGUCAACUACGUGCACUAUUACCCCCAGACGCAGCUGGAGCUAUGCAAGAGUGCAGUGGAUUCUGGCUACCUGCAAAGAUACUUUAAUCUCGUGAACAGGUUUAACGACGAGGAGAUCUGCACGUGCCCACAGGCCUCCGUCACACAGCAGUUUUCUUCCGUCCCUUGGAAUGUGUUCAACAGGGACGUUCUGAAAUCUCUCUAUGACUUUGCACCGAUCUCUAUGCACUGCAAUGAAUCCUCAGCGGUUCGUUUUCCGGGCGAAUGGGAGAAGCAGCCUCUGCCAAGGAUCACCAGGGUGCUGCCGGAAUCAGCCCCAAGCUGUCAGCCCGCCCUAGGGCCUCCUCCUGCAUCCCCUGCUCUCGUCAACCUAGGCAGGGUAAAGGCAGAAUGAACGCCCGGCGGCCUGCCUCCCCCGAUGCGACGCCUCGAUACUCGUCGCCGGGACAGGACGCUCCUCGGCACACAGGGUUGUUUGGGAUUUGGUCCAGCUUUUGUAAUGCUGCGCGGGAUGCGGUGGGCACAUGUCAGACUGUCUCCCCGUCCAGUUGUAUGGUCCAUCACACAAAGAAAAGCCCUUACUCAAGGCGGCCUGGGCUCCGCUCACGAGCUACUGUCACACCCCUGGGAUGGCAGCGAGUGGGUGGGACCCAAAGAACACCUCUCCCCACACAUGCAGGCCCAGCUCCUGUGGAUUGUCCCUGAAUCUGUGGGAUGGCGGGGAGGAUGCACCACCUGUAUAGAAGCCAGACAGACAAGAGGUUUUCCUACAGCGCCACCAGAGCUGAGGGAUUUGCAGGUUACACUGCUGGCUGCUGUUUCAUCUAGACCCUGGGCCACCGCUGGGCAGAACUGUGCCCCGUAUUAUAUACACCAAAGGGUCAGGAGGCCCAGUUACCAGGUGCUGUCCAGUGGGCAGAGGGUGGGAGCAGGAAAACGUGACUCGCCGUGGGACCCCCACCUCUCUGUCUCAGUGUCCCCAAACACAAAUAAUCUACACCAUGACACCUGCCUUGAAGGGGGCUCGUUAGGGCUAAUUCGUUAAAGUUCAGCGUGUACUCUGAAGAUGGCAAGUGCUAUUAUUAGUGGAUUAUUAGCGGCAAUGCCAGCGCUGAGUAAUGAAGGCUGCCGCCCCCGCAAUAAUAACGCUCAGGAUUUCCAUUGGGCUUUGCAGCCAGGCACUCGCUCCCCCUCCGCCAUGCUCCUACAGGCCAGCGCUAGGUUAUCGAUAGGGCAGCAGAGGCCCAGAGGGCGAGCUGCACUGGCCAGGGUCAGGCAGAGCCCCAGCAGAAUCAGAAGGCAACGGCUCCUGGCUCCUAGCCAUGCACUCCCCCUUCCCCUUAGACUGGUUAAUGACAAGCCCUCUUUUUACCAGAAGCCGGUGGCGUGGGCGCCACAGGCUGAGAGAUGCUGACGUGUCACUGACAGCUCCGCUUGACACUUGCAGCGCAGACCUGGGAGUGUCUCAUAGCCAGGGCCAGCGCUGUCUGCUGCGGCUCCUCCCCGCCCCACUCAGAGGGGCUCAUUCAUAUUGAGGGGCCCAGAUGCCAAGGGACAGGAACGAGCAAUGCUCUCAAGUGAGGAGUUACAGGAGAGGGGGCCUCUCUCUGUCUCUGGCCGGACAAACCACUUAGCAAGAGAAACGACUGUUAAAUAGAGAAAGGAACAUUGGCACACGCAGCUAAGCCAACAGCAGGACCCAAGGGAACUUCAGCUGGGGUCAAUCAGCAUCAGUGGAGUUGACGCCAGCUGGGGUUCUGGCCCAACGCAUGCAAAUAACCAGAGGUGUCCGGAUCCUGCCCACAUCCCCAAAUGGUCUUUGUAGCUGUAGGAGCCUGAAGGAGAAAUCCCCAGAGAAACAGAAAGAGGCCCGGGGUAGUGAAGAGGUGACUAACUCCUCCCCAGCCACGUCGGCACAGCCCACACAUUUCCAAGGCCUGGUCCACACCUAAAAAUCAGCUCGACCUAGAGACAUGGCUCAAGGCUGUGAAAAAUUCCAUGCCCUGCGCGAUGUAGUUAGACCCACCUGGCCCCCACUGUAGAAACAGCUCGGUCGACGGAAGGAUUCUUCCGCCGACCUCGCAACCUCCUCUUGGAGAGGUAGAUUAACUCCAUCGAUGUAGGAAGCCUCUACACUAGGGCGCUCCAGGUGCAGAGCCCCAGCGCCGGAGCCGUGCCAUUGGAGCGUAGACCCGGCCUAAGGAAACAAACAGAAAUCCCAGGCCAGGUUGAUCGCACAGAAAGGAUGCACCAGGCCAAAUUCAGAUCCGAUGUGGCAGGAGCGAUGUUCAUGGAUGUGUCUGGGCCACCUUCAGUGGUGACAUAAAUCAAAUGCACCUGCCCCUCGCUUCCCCUCAGGUCUCUUUACAACAGCGUAAAGGGACCUUAAAAUAUUCCCCCCCUGCCCAGGGGCUUCCCUGGUGGCUGAGAGCUGGCAGGUCUCUCCCCGGCCCGUCUCCUCCCUGCGCAGGAGAGUGGCCGGAGUGCUCUGGCCGGUAGCUAUUCUCUGCUUCCGAGCAGCCACAAGCAGCAGCGUGUAAAUUAGCACAGCCCUGCAGCUGCUCUAACUUACGCUUGAGGCCAGACAGCCUCUGCAUGGCCCCAGAAUACAGGGAGCACAAAGGUGACUUAAAGGCCCUUUUAACCUUACCUGCCCCGAGUGCAGAGAACCAGGCCUGAAGUAUGUGUUUUAGCUGAUCCGAGGUGCUAAUGUGCUGGAUGCCUUCCAGUGCUUAUAGUCAUUGGAGGAAAAGCCACUGCAUCGCAGCCCUGCCCAGACAGGGCUUUCCCCAUACACUCCCUUCUCCAUGUAACUCCCACCCAGCUUUGGGCGCUGCAGGUGCCCGGACAAGGCUCUGUGGUGUUGCAUCAAAGGAGGGGGAACGGGGAGGGACUAAUUUCCAGAACCAAGGACCCGUCACUGAGCAGGCCCUGUGGCCACCCUCUCCUCUUUGAAGUUAGGGGUUUUUGCAAAGGGCCGCUCCGCUCAGUGCAACAGAAAUGGGUGGGAACUCCCACGAACUACACAGGUGGUAAGGGAGGGGUGGAGCAUGGCUCCAACCCAUAAUACUCCGAGUCACCCAGUUCACGCCAUGAGGCCCACUUUACUGCAGGGGGCAGUGAGAUCAAACACCUCUUGCCCGGGGUUGUCUCCCAGGAGGUCAGAAUAAAGUGCUCCCGUUGAGGAACGGGGCCGGAUAAACGGGGAAGGGCGUUCUGCAUCCGCUGGAGCUUCAGAGGGGUCCGAGCUCCGUGCAGAGGACAACGCAUCCAGCUGAAAACAGGGGGCGGGGUCGAGUGGAUUGGAAAAUGGGUGCCCACGGCUUGGGCAAGUCACGCUGCUCGGCCCAGUGGAGCAUGUGGGAGUGUCAGGUGAAAGUCGGGUGGGAGGGAAGGAGAGGGGGGCAGAAUGUAGCAGGAAGAGCCACAAGUAGGAACGCAGGAGCUGGAUUCUGAUCAGUGACUCCUGUGUAAAUCCGAGGCAGCAAAAAUGCACCUGAUCGAGAACGACAAAGAGAAUAAAUGCUUGGAAUUGCCAAGGCGAA